UCCCCGGAAACGUGCGCAUAAACCACUUGGGCGUACAUUCGGGCGCCUUCACUCGCUGGCUCUUCCCCCGACCGACGAGACUCUCUUCCCGCGGCGUUCUCCUCCUUUCCGCCGUCGCCUCAAACUUCCCGAGUCCGAAGUCCUGGUUGUUCAAAAGCCGCCAUGUCGCACACCGUCAUCACGACCACUUCCGCCUCCGACGGCUUCUUUCACGCGGGAUACUGCAGGACCAUCCCGGGUCUGCUCAAAGUGUCCCAGAUGGUGGCGCUGUUAAUCGCCUUCCUGUGCGUGCACUGUGCCCACGGAUGGCCCAGCUGGGCGGCCUUCCAGUUCUUCGAGGUGGUCUCUGUGUGGUUCCUGGUGGCCCUGCUGAUCUUCUUCCUCAUGCACCUGUUCCGCCUGCAGGCCAAGAUGCCGUGCAUCAACUGGCCCCUCACGGAGUUUUUCCACUACUCCGUGGGGACCGUCCUCGUCCUCAUCGCCUCCAUCGUGGCGGUGGUGAAAAGUGGUGGAGUGUCGGCGUUGGUGGCGGCGUCGGUGUUUGGCUUCAUCGCCGCCUUUCUGAUGGCCGUCAGCUUGUGGACGUCUUACAGCGUGUCUUGUGGCCCCCAGCAGACCGGUGCGACCGUAUAAUUGGAUGCUGGUCAUGUGGGAACAAGAUGGCUGCCUCUGCCCCCGGCUCACUCUUCUGCCUAGCAACAGACAUCAGAAUGCGAUCGGUUGACAAUUUGGGGCGCAGGUAUGAGGAGCUGAUCCAGGAGCAGCGUCUUGUUAAAAACAAAAACAAAACAAAAAAAAAGGCAGAAUGUCGGCGGUGCUCCAAAGAAUCUUCUUCACGUCUUUGCGGACAACAGCGCUUAUUCUGCCUCCAUCUUUGCUUGCGAGCAUUCUAUUAGACGUGCCAGCCUUCACUUGCUGCUGCUAGCGAUCACUUCCUCGCACUUUUGACUACUCCAGCGCUGUUAGCCUCCGCACGUCCGCUAGCAUGCUAAUGUAGCGAACGUGCGCCGCACUUACUAGCAUCCACACGCUUCUUUUAGUGGUGUUUUAUCAAAUGUUCCGUUUUUAGGAUUGUUGCCAACCAACAUUAUUGACUGUUUAGGACAAGCACCAAGAUCAAUAAUCUGUGCCAAUCUUUGCACACGCAGCCUGCUGAGGUAGCGACGCGGGCCAGCGUGCACGGUGCUAGUACGGCCGCCAUUUCUACUCCACCGCCGAGACGUUUACAAGGGAGCCUGAAAGCACACGAUCAAUCAAUCAUGAAGACUUAGCAAAUUGUCCCGAUUUACCAACUGUAUUUAAUGCAGCUGAGAUAGGCUCCAGCACCUCGCGCGACCCCGAAAGGGACAAGCGGUAGGAAAUGGAUGGAUGUACACAACAUGCUAAUUCUAACCUGCUGUGCUACACUCGCACACUUACUUGGUACACUUAUUCUUUUGAGUGCACAAGUGCGUUCACAGUAAAAUGCUGUACAAGUACCAUCAUAUUGACCAACAUUAAAAUACAGUAGCUUAGUAGGCCUAAGUAUUAAUUAAAAACAAGACAGAGGUUUUAUUCAACAAGUAUAUAUUUAAUAUUUUUGGCCACCAUGUUGACCAACGUUAAAGUACAGUAGCAUGAUAGGCCUUAGUUGUAAUUAAAAACAAGACAGAGCUUUUAUAUAACUAGUAUAUUUAAUUUUUUGGGCCACAAUGGUGACCAACGUUAAAGUACAAUAGCAAAGUAGGCGUAAGUAUUCUUUAAAAACAAGACAGGGGUUUUAUUUAACAAGUAUUUUUAAUAAUUUUGGCUACCAUAAUGACCAAUGUUGAAAUACUGUAGCGUAUGAAGCCUAAGUAUUAAUGAAAAAAAACAAAUGACCAAUUUUGAAAUGCAGUAGCAUACUAGGCGUAAGUAUUCAUUGAAAACAAAGCAGAGGUUUUAUUUAAAAAAAUGUAUUAAUAUAUUUGUCCAACAUAAUGGCCAACGUUAAAGUACAGUAGCAUAGUAGACCUAAGUAUUCAUUAAUAACAAGGCAGAGGUUUUGACAAGUAUAUGUAAUAUUUUUGACCCCCAUGUUGACCAACGUUAAAGUACAGUAGCGUGAUUGGCAUAAGUAUUCAUUUAAAACAAGACAAGAGGCUUUGAUUAACAACUAUAUUUCAAUUUUUUUGCCACCAUGGUGACCAAAGUUAAAGUACAGUUGAAUAGUAGGCCUAAGUAUUCAUUAAAAACAUGACAGCGGUUUUAUUUAACAAGUAUUUUUAAUAUUUUUGGCCACCAUAAUGACCAAUGUUGAAAUACUGUAGUGUAUGAAGCCUAAGUAUUAAUGAAAAAAAAAAAAGACCAAUUUUGAAAUGCAGUAGCGUAGUAGGCGUAAGUAUUCAUUGAAAACAAGGCAGAGGUUUUAUUUAAACAAUUUUUAUUAAUAUUUUUGUCCAACAUAAUGGCCAACGUUAAAGUACAGGAGCAUAGUAGACCUAAGUAUUCAUUAAAAACAAGGCAGAGGUUUUGUCAAGUAUAUGUAAUAUUUUUGGCCACCAUAAUGACUAAUGUUGAAAAACUGUAGCGUAUGAAGCCUAAGUAUUAAUGAAAAAAACAAAUGACCAAUUUUAAAAUGCAGUAGCGUAAUAGGCAUAAGUAUUAAUUGAAAACAAGGCAGGGGUUUUAUUUAAACAAUUUUUAAUAUUUCUGUCCAAUGUUGAAGUACAGUAGCAUCAUAGGCCAAAGUAUUAAUUAAAAACAAGACAGAGGCUUUGAUUAACAACUAUAUUUAAUAUUUUUGGCCACUAUGGUGACCGACAUUAAUGUACAGUAAAAUAAUAGGCCUAAGUAUUCAUUAAAAACAAGACAGGGGUUUUAUUUAACAAGUAUUUUUAAUAUUUUUGGCCUCCAUGGUGACUAAUGUUAAAGUACAGUUGAAUAGUAGGCAUACGUAUUCAAUAAAAACAAGACAGAGGUUUUGUUUAACAAGUAUUUUAAAUUUUAUGGGCCACCAUAAUAACCAAUGUUGAAAUACUGUAGCAUACUAGGCUACAGUAUAAUUGAAAAACAAAACUGGUUUUAUUUAACAAGUAUAUUUAAUAUUUCGGUCAUCAUACGCCCUGCAAUAAGGUGGCGACUUUUCCAGUGUGUACAACGCCUUCCGCCCAAAUGCAGCUGAAAUAGGCUCCAGCGACCCCAAAAAGGGAUAAGCGGUAGAAAAAUGGAUGGAUGGAUAAUUACCAAUAUUAAAAUACAGUAGCGUAGUAGGAGUAAGUAUUCAUUGAACACAAGAGAGAGGUUUUAUUUAACAAUUUUUAUUUACAUUUUUGUCCAACAUAAUGGCCAACGUUAAAGUACAGUAACAUUGUAGGCCUAAGUAUUCAUUGAAAAUAAGACAGAGGUUUUAUUUAACUAGUAUAUAUAAUAUUUUUGGGCCCCAUAAUGACCAACAUUGAAAUACAGUAGCAUAUCUGCCUAAAUAUUCAUCAAAAACAAGACCGGUUUUAUUUAAGAAGUAUAUUUAAUAUUUUUGUCACCAUAAUGUUAAAAUACAAUAGCAAAGUAGGCGUAAUUAUUCAUUAAAACAAGACAGAGGGUUUUCUUGAACAAUUUGUAUUAAUAUUUUUGGCCACAGUGAUGACCAAAGUUAAAGUACAGUAGUGUAAUAGGCCUCAGUUUUCAUCAAAAACAAGACUGAGGUUUUAUUUAAUAUUUGUGCGAACUCACUCAUGCACUCGGAAAGACGUAAGUGCAAGUACAAGUGUGUACUAAUUUGAACCGAAGGCUACUGCUAAAAGCUAACAUUAGCCAGAUGUUGCUACAGGCGGACAUGCUAAAGGUGUUAGCGGGACGGUGGACUGCACAUGUUUGUGUUGUGAAACACGACGAUUGUAAAACGACAAAUACGACUUUAUUGUAUGAAGGAUCAAAGGACGACUAUGUAUGAAUUAUGUUUGUUAUCACACUGUAAGCACCCUGCAAGAAGUCACCUGACCGACUUGACUAAGCCCCUCCCCCAUGUUUACCUGUGAGUGUUUGAUCAUUGCUCCUGUGGUCUGGAUGUGUCCUCCAAAGUGCCUUAAUGCGCCACUAGAGGCAGCCUGCUCGCAGCUAGCCACAUGCUAACGGUUUUUUUUUGUUUUUUUUGUACUUCCUGUUUGGGCUGUGUUGCAUGUUGCCCAUUAAAGCAGCUCACUCACUCCCAACAUGUCCAAAUAAAGACAUUUGAUUGUCACGUGA